CAUACCAGCAUCACAAAUCGCUUGGACUUUCUCCUGAGCAGACACAAACACUCCUACGGAAAUGAUCGCCAAGGUGACAAUUUUCUGCAUGGCCUUAGCUGCCGUCAGUGCCAGUGGACUGGUGCACACAGGUUCCAGUGUAAGCUCCCGACACCAAGAUGCUCUUGGAAAUUAUGCUUUCAACUACGACAUUGUUGACGGGAAAGGAGCAAGCAAUGGCCGAUAUGAAGUUGGUGAUGGUUAUGGAAACAAGAAGGGGGCUUACACUAUCCACGACAUUGAUGGUAGAGCCAGGCGUGUUGAAUACGUUGCUGACCAUCAUGGAUUCCGUGCCGCCAUCAAAACUAAUGAGCCUGGAACCGCUGCCAGUGCUCCUGCUGCUGCAGUCAUCGCCAGCCCCUAUGCUGGACCCGCUGCCCCAGCCGCUAUUAAACAUGUCGCACCUGUAGCUUACGCUGCUCACGUUGCUGCCCCCGUCUAUGCAGCAGCUCCCGCACACCUUGGCUACGCUGGACAUGCUGGAGCUUUAGCUCAUGGUGUUGGAGCCUAUGGACACGGAGCUUAUGGACAUGGAGCCUACGGCCAUGGUGCUUAUGGUCAUGGUCCUUACGGUCAUGCUGCAUAUGGACAUGGAUUGGGUUAUGCAAAGGCCUUUCACUACUAAGAUUCGUAGCAGUGUUAUAGGUCUUCCUUACUGAUCGGAGAAGAAAGCUGUUGCAGUAUAUGCUCUUGACAAUCGUGUAUGAUAAUCUAGCUUCAUAUUUAACAAUAAUGUAAAGUGACAUCCAGUGCAGUCUGUCUUUUCUUGCUGCAGCCCAAAGAUUUUUCUCAUAUGCAAUAGAAUGUAUAGUACAUAAGCUUGGAACACUUGCUCAGGGUGAAGUCUGGAAAGCUGGUUGUGGCCCCUCACUUUGAGGGAUAAAGAAAAAUGUUUAAAUUUCUGUUACUUGCCAAAGUCGCUUUACUUUUAUAGCCAUUAUUUAAAAGAAUGUAUGUUAUAAAUAUGUUUAUGUUUCAUGUCCUUCAGAAGAUCUUAAUAAAAUAUUUUAAGAUACAUA